AUGGAAGCGAAGAAGAAGAUGAUGAGUUUAAAGGAUUGGAAGGGUGGGGAAAAAGAUAAAGAUUGGACUGCCUUCAACUGCUUGGUAGAUGUUGCCGUGGCUGCUAGGGAAGAGUACGAGAAAGAGAGGUUGAUGAAGGAAAAUAUGAGUCGCGGAGAAGGGUUUAAGAUUGAUUAUACCGUCAACAACUCACCUGAUUUCUCCGAGAAUCCCUCAGAAUUCAAUCACCAAACAAUUGAGGAGAAUAAACUUGUCGCUUUUCCUAGGUAUGUACCCUAUCAGCACAAACCUUCCCUUACGAAAGAAAAGAGUGUUGACGACAAGCCUUUUACAUUUAUCCAACACAAAACCCUAACCGCUGAUAGCUUUGACAAACAAGGGUUUGCCGCGGCUGAGAGCAAAAACUGUAGAACUUCUGUGAGAAUAUUUGGCACUGAAAUUUCCAUUAAGGAAUCCGAAACUGAGGAAGUCUCAUCCAAAAACGCUGAUUCUGUUUCGCCAAAGAAACAAAGUUUUCAAGGAAACAAACCAAUAGAGGAACAAAGGGUUAAUCUUAAACGUUGCUUUGAGUCGGCUGAAACAAGCAGUGGAGUAAAGAACCAGAAACGGAAGAAGCAAAAACAAAAUUGCAUGGGUAUUUUUUGCCCUGGUAAUGAGCCACCACAACCUGGUUUGCCUGAAAGGUUAAAGAAGAUGAUCAAAGACAUGGGAGGAGCUGAUGAGAAGCUAAUCAUACAAAAAUCAUUGUUCAAAACUGAUAGGAGCAGGCACCAUAAUCGUCUGUCGAUACCCAUGAACCAAAUCAAAGUCGAGUUUCUUACAGAUGAAGAGAAAGAUGUGCUGAAAGAAGGCAGUAAUAAUAAGGACUCAAAAGUUAUAGAAGCAUUGGUGAUUGAUCCAUCUUUACAAACGAGGGACAUGACUUUUAAGAGAUGGGAUAUGAAGAAGCCAUCGGGGAAAACUUGCUCAAUCUAUGCCUUGUUAAAAGAGUGGAAUUCAGUGGUAAAAGAUAAUAACUUGAAGAAGCGUAGGAGAAGGAAGAUGAAGCAGCUGCAAUCUGCACAUGCACAAGCAACACAGUUUGGGAACUUCCAAAAGGAAGGCAGUUGUAAUCUUAUUUGCCUUUAA